GCAUUGCAACUUCCGUGUGUCACACUAAUGUUCCGUUUGACCAAAACUGGAAAAGAAUGGUGGAUUUUUCGGUUGGGGUGGGGUACCUCGUCAAAAUACGAAAAUAUGAAUGUUAAAAACUCCAGACAACGAUGGCAGUAUGCACUGUUGUAUCUUCUUAACUUGUAAAUAAGAUUCCGGUGGUAAAUAACAAUCUCCGUUGUAGACAUUGUUUUAUGGCGGGUCUGUCUUAUUUAGUGUUCCGUUUUUCGGGGUCCGCUGGUCGGACUUAUGGGGUGUUUUCUAAAGGAUUGACGAGGACUUUGUUGAUAUUUUUUGAUCUCGCGUGGCGACUGCGAAUCAGAUUCCCAUACCUCUACCUCAUCGCUUCGAUGAUGUUCAAUGUGCGAUUACAGGUCCAUAUUGAGAUUCACUGAGUGUGUUACAACUGCCACAAUUGAGGACCCAACACCCCUGACUGUUCAUUAGUGGGCAUCUUCAGUCAGAACUUCCCAAAGAGACCCUGCAGACCUCACACAAUCAACAAUGUGGAAGAGGGCACUAGGAUCAGGGGCCAGUAUGACAAUGCGCAAUGUUACACGACCGUUGUCUCAGCCACCCCUUGUCAUAGGAACCCAGUGCCUUUGCUUGGGAAGGACACCAUGAUGAUGUCAUUAACAAUGGCCAACAAUGGUGCAGAGAUUUGUGAGGUUGUACUGGGAUAUAUCCCUCACAGCCACUCGUCACCAGAGAUUCUUGAGCUGCCCAUCUGGAGACAUAGGAAAGGAUGACCAGUGGAAUUUGACACUGCCUUUUUGUCGCAGACCACAAGGAGGACUGAGAAACAAAAAUUACAAUGACAACAAUGGAAUGAAUGUUUUUGGAACCUUUCUUAUUUCUUCUUCCUCUUAGAGUUCUGUUUGACGUGUUCAUCAGUGCUCAUCUGUAGUCGUCUCUUGAAGGAAAACUGGAAACUUGUCAUAUAGUUCCCCUCAUAAUGAAACACAAGUAUCCACUAGCUUGCAUCUCCACCGCAUGACAUAAACCAGUGCAUGUUUUCUAUUCUCAGUGGUUUGGGCAUAUUUUUUGAGCGGUUUUGGAAAAGUUUGUUUCCCAAUGGAAAGAUGGUGCAGUGAGUUGAAAAGUGGAAGAGGAUACAUUUCAGUGUAGUUCAGCAGGGCUACUGUUACAACCUUUCAGUGUAGUUCAGCAGGGCUACUGUUACAACCUUUCAGUGUAGGUCAGCAGGGCUACUGUUACAACCUUUCAGUGUAGUUCAGCAGGGCUACUGUUACAACCUUUCAGUGUAGUUCAGCAGGGCUACUGUUACAACCUUUCAGUGUAGUUCAGCAGGGCUACUGUUACAACCUUUCAGUGUAGUUCAGCAGGGCUACUGUUACAACCUUUCAGUGUAGGUCAGCAGGGCUACUGUUACAACCUUUCAGUGUAGUUCAGCAGGGCUACUGUUACAACCUUUCAGUGUAGGUCAGCAGGGCUACUGUUACAACCUUUCAGUGUAGUUCAGCAGGGCUACUGUUACAACCUGUCAGUGUAGCUCAGCAGGGCUACCGUUACAACCUUUCCGUGUAGCUCAGCAGGGCUACUGUUACAACCUUUCAGUGUGGGUACGGUCACCUUUCAGUGUGGGUACGGUCACCUUUCAGUGUGGGUACGGUCACCUUUCAGUGUGGGUACGGUCACCUUUCAGUGUGGGUACGGUCACCUUUCAGUGUCGGUACGGUCACCUUUCAGUUAUAGAAAUGGCAAGGUGCUUGUUGUGUAAUGUGCAUCCUUAGUGUCACUUCUUCUCACUGAUUUGGAAUGGAAUGUUGCAGUGUAGGUGUCAGACAAACAGGAAGGAUCCAGGAAAGGAAUGACUGCAUGACACACAAACACACACUUGUCACCCACUUCUCUCUAUCGGUCAAUGGAGCUAACGAGGUGGCAUUUUAGAUUUGAAAUAAAUGGUUUAUGAUUUUGUCUUAGGUAUGCACUCAUCCUUAUUUCUCAGUAAAGUGUUUGUGGGUUUUGUCAAUUCUCGAGUCACUGUAUUAAAAGGGUAAGGAAUUUAAUAUGGUUGUACAUCCUUGGAAACAAUAAAUUAUUAAACAAUCAA